AGCCAAUUUCUUUUUAUUUUUUCAGAAAGCCCUCAUUAUUAGGAUUACUUUUUUUUCCCCUCAGAUGCCUCUAUUUAACGCUCCCUCUGCUCCCAAAUGCUCCUAGUGGGGCUCUCUGAGGCUAAUCACCAGUGAAAGUUGCAGGACCAGAUUUAGGCUUCAUGUCAGGGAUGUCAUCUGUAAAAUGAGUUGGAGUGGUAAUCCUUGCCUGGAAAACCCCAAAUGGGGUCACCAAGAGAACGUGACACCUCAACAGCGGAGCCUCGCUAACGAUGAGUAUUAUGGGAAAAGGUGCCCUUCGGGAGCUAAGGCGGGUGGGGUCUCAGGCAGAGCACGGAGGACUUGUCCCGUGGGCCCUAUUAUCGUGCAGGGGCCCUGUUUGGCUACAGAGGCCUCGGAGGUCCCUUCCAACGCUAGAAUUCUGCAAUGUUGUGCUUGCAAAGGACGUCCUCUCGAUUUCUCGCAAAUUCUCUCUGAACAAGCUGCGGUGAAUAAUAGAGAGCAUUCUAAGCAGUGCUCCCCAGGACAACCCCUGCAUGGCGGGGAAUACGGGCCUUUAUGUCACCGUAGAAAUUGUGCAACCACGCGAGGUCUAGGUGGGAAGGGCCGUGGCGAUUUGUCCCCUGAACCACGGAGGGGGGAACACGGAAAGAAAGUCGGUUGAGCCGCGUACGUGUUUUCUUUGCUCCGGGCCAACUGUCACACGGUCGCUGGGUGCGACUCCGCCGACCUACCCCAGUCCGGGACGCUCUCUCUCACCAACGGUGUCGGCGCGUGCCCGCUCUAGCCGGCCUAACCCAGCGCGACGUGCCCCUCCUCCCGCCCCGGCGGUGGCGCGCACGCGCCCUCUUUUUAGGUACCAGGGAAACUUCCACCUCGACUCCUAAAGGUCAAAGGGGCGCGAGGUCCGGAGUUGGAAAGGGGGGAGGGAAGGAAGGGAGGACCGGGUGGCGAGUCGGGAGCGCACGCGCAGUGGUGCGUCCCAGCGCGCGCUCCUCUCCUCCCUCUUCCCCUCCCCUCUCCGGGUUCCCAACCCCUUUCGUUCGGUCCGAGGCGGGCGAGGUGGUUGUGGGGUGUCCUCGUUUCUCCCCAGGGUGGGCGAGCUGACCGUUGGGAGCCUUCCUUCCCGGAGUCGUCAUCCUAGUCCGCUACCUCCCCUCCCUGGCUCUGCCCCCCUAGACUAUCCGGGAGCCGGGAGCCGGGGAGGGGAGGACGAGGAGGAGGAGAGAGGAGGAGGAGCCCAUCCUGAGCCCACCCCUUUUUAUCUUACAUCCCCCUCUAAGCUUUCAAGCUGGAGCCGGAGGAGGAGGUCCCGGAGAUGCUGGACCCGCCCGGGGUCCAGGUCCGGGUCCCGGAGCUUCCCCCGCAGGUGGUGGUGGCCUCGGGAGAACUGCGCCAGACCCUGCUGAAGAUGUGGACGGAGGGGCAGGACACCUGCAUCUCACUGGGGGUGAUGGUCUGCGUGGUCUUGCUCACCGGGAUGGCGCGCGUGAUGGUCCGGAGGCACACCCGCUCCUCGUUCAUCCGAGUCUUCGUGGCCGAGCUGCUGGCCACCUUCCAGCUGUGCUGCUGCUCGCAAGAGCUCCAGGUGCUGAAUGAACUGAGGCCGGACAACCCCAGCUGGACCCUCACCGUCAUCUAUUUCCUCUCCCUCGUCCACGGGCUGACGCUGGUGGGCGCCGUCAGCAACCCGUGCGGGGUCCUGGAGCAGUUGGCGCUGGAGCAGAUGCCCGUGUGGUUGGGGUUCCUCAAGAUCUUUGCGCAGAUGCUCGGCUCGGGACUCAGCCGGACUUUUAUGGUCUGGGUCUGGAGCCUGGGCAUUUCCAGCCGGCAUUUUGCCGAGAGGUCUAUAAAGUGUGCCAGCCCUAUCCACAUCGCGCUGCCCGAAGCAUUCCUCGUGGAGAUGCUCUGCUCCUUCAUUUUCCACAGUACCGUAAUGCAUUUCCAGGAGGUCAGGCUCAAGUUUCGAAUCCACAUGCAGGCAGCACUCAUCACGUUUUUGGUCUUUGCAGGAGGAAAUCUAACAGGAGCUAUAUUUAAUCCAGCUUUGGCCCUUUCACUACAUCUCCAGUGCUUUCAUGAAUUAUUCUACAACUAUUUAAUUGUGUAUUGCCUGGCUCCUUCUUUAGGUAUAAUGUUGAUGGUUUUGAUGUUCAUCCAUUUCCUUCCUUGGCUGCAUAACAUGAAUAGAAUUCAUAAAAAUGAAUAGUGAUUAUCAAAGACUAAUACUAAGUUAAAUUGCAGUCCAGCUGGAUGUGAAGCAGUCACCACGUUCAGUCGCUUCAUGUUCUAAAUGCCAGUUGCACUUUUCUCCAAAUGUCAGAUUUCUUUGAGGAUGCUGUUCCCAUCACUGAGACGUUGAAAAAAAAUCAAUGUGAAAUUGAGGUCUCCUGUGUAAAGACGUGUUCUUUUGAAUGAUGUAUAUUAAAAUGCUGCUGGAAAGGACUCAUUACAUUAAAUUUAAAUUUUAAGUGACAGUUGUUAACCUUUUUCACAAAAGCUAAUAGGAGGGGAGAGAGAGAAUUUUUACAAGGGAAUGAGGGCCAUCCAAAUUCAAUUAACUGAGAGCCCUUCCAAUCAAUGUAUUGGGACAGCUGAUUGAAAUGUCUGUUCUAGAGUUGGAUAGAUGCUCCUUUCAGCAACAAGUUUGCCAUAAUGUAAUUAAUCAUUAUCACAGAAAACAUUUGAAGACACUGUAGAUAGAGAUAUAUAAAUACUUUAAUGGAUUGCAUCCAUCUUUUCCAAAUAGACUCUAAUUUAACAUCUAAAUCUAUUAUAGUAUUCCAUUGGUUCAUGAUUUCAUUACUUCUGCCAUCAGAACUAAUCUCUUCUUUAGUAAUUGGUUUGAGAGGUACCACAGCCAAUAAAGUUUUAUCUCUUGAUGAUCCUUCCUCUGUUGAUGAACCUCUUCACAUUUAAGAAGGCUAAUUCUUGGAUGAUAGGGCAUCUGUCACUGUACUUAUUCAUGAAGCCUUUCCAUCUAAGUAGAAUGGACCUACAGGAACUUUUUGUCUGCUGGCAGAGCCUUCAAGCAUCUGAUGUCACCAUUAAGCCAUGAAUAGGCAUCCAAGAUAUAUGUUAGUGAUACUUCUGAAUUAAGAAGACAGCACAGUUCAGUGGAAGGAGCCCUGGAUUUUGGAGUCAAGUGAUGGGCACUCAUCCAGGCCCCAUCACUGACUACCUCGGGCAAGUCACAGCAUCUCUGGGACUUGGAUCUCUUGCAGCUCUGUGUCUUUGAACCAAAGUGCCUUUUAAGUAGAAUGAAUUCCUCACCAGCCUCCUCAUAUUUUGCUAGUUUUCAUUUAAUAGGUAAUGAUUCAAUUCAAAUGAGUGAAAAAGAAAACUUUGAAAAAAGUUCCAAA